UGCGUCUUCUGUUGCGCAACGUCCGCGCUGUAGAAGGUAGCCAAAGGAGGCUGUUUGCAUGUCGUUCUUUGGCUUCGACGUAACGUUGCCCCGGGACCGCCCAGCUGCUAGCAGCGGUGGUCCCCUGGGGGCCGAGCCACACGGCGACGCGUUUGACCCAACCUUCGAUCCGACCUACUCUGGCGAAGGAGGCCUCGGCGACGAGGACGAUGAUCCAAGUGCCCUGGAUGCCAAGAUCAGUGCACUGACAGCCGGAGCUCAGGAAGACGUAGCAGUGUAUACUUGGGGAGAAGAGGACUAUGAUGGCCUUGGUGAUCGUCUUGACGAAGGCAAUGACGCUUUCAAUGACGAUACAUUUGGAGUCGACGAUGUCGGCACCGACUUUAACUUUGGUCACGGACCUGCAGCUGCUGUACCUGCUGCAUCAGUCCCAGCUCCCCCGGCAAUCAGCAAGUCCGCUGCGGCCCCUCUACCGUCCAAGUUCGCAAGCAAACUCGAUGACUUCAUGACAUUGGACAGUACGCGCAGUGGGCCUCGCGCUGGCACAGGCGCAGCUACAUCGUCACGCCCUGUGCCGAAGACAAUGGAGGAGAUCGAGGCUGAGAUGAGAGGAAGUAGGAUCACCGUAACGUCGCAACAGCAACAGCAGCAGCCCUCGCCUGCAGGAGCUCUCCCACCCUUUACAGGCCAGCAACUUCCUCCACCGGGCCCUCAUGGUCUAGCACCACUUGGUCGACAGCCUUUGACGAUGGAGGAGAUUGAGGCACAGAUGCGCCAAGCGCGUGGGCCGCCGCCACUCGCACCUCAGCCUGAUAUGCAGCCAGCUGCGAAGGUUGGGACUCAGGUUCUCGCUCCCACUCAAGCAAAGGAGCGAUCUGGAGUGGCGGACCUCGCAUCCAUCAUGCGGCAGCAACAGCAGCAACAACAGCAACAGCUUCAAGAAAAGGAGAUCCUGCAACGCCAACAGGCCGAAAAAACGUUCCUUGAGACACAGCGCCAAGGUGCCAAUGGCACACCUAUUCCUCCUGGAGGAAUUAUGCAUCCUCCGUUUCAAGGCAAAGGGAACAUGCCACCUGCAGCGUUGGCGAUGCAGCAGGCUGCUAAUGCACAGGCGGAAGCGCAAGCCAUGCACUUUGUGCGCAUGAAGGCGCUUCUCGAUUCGAUGCCUGACACUGUGCAGCAGACUAUUCUCAGCCUGCCGCCGUCGUUGCAGUUCGAGUCUCUGGACAAUGUAGUCGAGGCAUUCCCUGCCCUACGACAGGUCCGAUCUACCGAUGUCUCCAAGCCAGACGUGGCAAAGGCCAUUGACACACUGCAGGUAGCUGCCAUAGGACACAUUCACGAGACUGUGCGACGCAAGAUUGAGGAGAUCGAACGGCAGGAGGCCAAGUUGCGCCGAAAACUGGCCAAGAUCCAGGCUAUGUCCAAACACAAUGGCCUCAUGACGCGCUCGGAUCAAGAUUUUAUCACGCGUAUCCAAGUCAGCCAGCUUGUCACCCCCGAUCCGUACACCGACGACUUCUAUGCGCAUAUCUACUUUGCUUUGCGUGGUGGUCGCGGCCCAUCUGCACCAGUUCUGGGAGAGAGCAACAAUCAUAACGAAAUGCAGAAGAACGGUAGGAACAAAAAGCAGCCGCGCUUGUCGCGUCGCGAAAAUGCCAUGCUGCGCAUGCAGCAACAGGUUGAGCGUAUCGUCAAGCAUCGAAAGGAGCGUGACGAAAAGUCGGCAAAUGGUAUUGCGCUCGAGGGUGCCCUCGGAAGGAUCACUGCAAGCUCCACAAAGGGCAUGCGUCAGAUGCUUUCGCUGCCUUCGGACGGAGCGGCGGCGAAAUUUUCCGGGGCCAGCGAUGGUGCAGCUAGUGGUGCACAAGAUGCUGUACGCGCGGCUCUUGCCGGCGCGAGUCUCGGGCAAAGCGGUGCACCUGGUCAAAAACGCCAGGCAUUGGGCAAACACGAGGUACUGCGCAUCCUGGAGAAGCUAUAUGACACAGUCCUUGCGCUUGAACAGCUGCGACGUAAUGCACCUGCGCCGGGUGACCCCGGCGCCGAUGCGGCUGCAGAAGCGCUAGAGCAAAGGCAGGCUGCACUGACCGUUUCCCUCUGGAAGGACCUGCGCGUACUUGAGCCCCUUGACAUUUCAGAUCCGCACCCCUUUGUGUCGCUAAUCUCGACAUCAAAGGGCAAGCGUCUUCUACCGCGGGCUCUUCGGCAUUUGACCCCUGAGCAGACGCUCACCACCAUGACAAUGAUUGUCGCAUCCUUUCAAUCGCUCGAUGUGGUCAAGUACGCGCACCUGCUCGAUGGAGAAAGUACUGGCUCGAACGAGCCUUCAGCCAUGGCCCAGCGCGAGGACGUGGAGCGUCAGACGGAAGCAUUUGCCAAUUCAAUCGUUCCCAGCAUGAUGCAACUGAUCGCCAGCGCGCCAAUGAAGAUCGUCAGUGGCAUGCUUGCUGUCUUCAUUGAGCGAAAUGAUGCGGUCCGAGUUGCUCGAAGUAGGCCUGGAAUUGCAUUCCUCACCAUCUUCCUUUCUCGCGCCGAAUCGCUGCGACAGGGCGGUGGAGGGAUCAUUCCCUCUACUGAGGACUUGGAACAGUGGUCUCAGAUAUUCUCUUUGCUGUUUCAACGACUUUCCACCCCUUGCAUGCUUCCCGGGCUGUUCCCAUCGACACGUGCCCGGGCUUCUCUGCCGUUCGGACCAGGCUACUACAUGUCCGGAGCCUUCGGCACCGCCACGCUUGCCGAUGCAGCCAAAGACGGUAAAAAGUACCGCAACAUCGAUAUUGAGGACGAACCGGUCUGGAACUUUAUGGCUGCACUCGCCGUUGCAUGUUCAAUGGAGCAGCAGCAGACGUUGGUCGCUGAGCUCAGGGAUAAGAUUCUGGAGAACGUAGUGUCCGCGAAAGAAUGGGCCAAGCGCAAGAAAACGCAAGCCGACCAACGGCUGGGAGGUCUGGCGAAUGAGCUCAGCUCUGCCGGGUUCAGUGUUAACACUGCGAGUGUUGGUGCUAUCCCUGGUAUGGAGCUUGGGCCCGACGUGCGCAUUCGGAAUGUCAAUCUAUUGCUUCAUGCUCUUAGCCUGGACGCAACCCAGAUCGAUAUUUGAUGUGAGCAAUGCACGAGCCGAAAUGAAAUUUAUCUUGAAUAUGCGUCGCCGUAGAUAUCAGUUCUCUGCCUUCUCACUGCCUAUUGUGCUGUACCUAUUGUGCUGCUACUGUGGAUGGAGGGCCGCCUGUAGAUG